CGAACUCUCGGGUUUUCGAAAAUAUCGCAAAAGUCACGACAAUUUCCGGCUUCUUUCUUUUCUCCACGCGACACAGAAGAACGUGGACUGUUUAUCAAGUUUUCCCAAAAAAGGUGAAUUGACAGGAUGGUGAACCAGAGGAUUCCAUCUGUCUUCUCCAAGACCUACGUGACCCCACGUCGGCCAUACGAGAAGGCACGUCUUGACCAGGAGUUGAGAAUCAUCGGAGACUACGGUCUAAGGAAUAAGCGUGAAGUAUGGAGGGUCAAGUACACGCUCGCCAAGAUCCGGAAAGCCGCUCGUGAGCUUCUCACGCUGGAAGAGCGUGACGACAAGCGUCUUUUCCAAGGAAAUGCCCUUUUGAGACGUCUCGUACGUAUUGGUGUACUCGAUGAGUCCCGCAUGAAGCUCGAUUAUGUUUUGGGUUUGAAAAUUGAGGAUUUCCUGGAGCGUCGUCUGCAGACUCAGGUGUUCAAACUUGGACUGGCCAAGUCCUACCAUCAUGCUCGUGUACUCAUCCGUCAGAGACACAUUCGUGUCCGUAAGCAGGUGGUUAACAUCCCAUCAUUUAUUGUCCGUCUGGACUCGCAGAAGCACAUUGACUUCUCAGUGAAGUCACCCUUCGGUGGUGGCCCACCUGGUCGUGUCAAGAGGAAGAACCUGAAGAAGGAUCAAGGUGGUGCAGCAGCUGAGGAAGAGGAAGAAGAUUAAGCCAAAAAGUGGCCGAAUGCAUUUUAUUCACAAAAAAAAUGUAUAAAAUGCAAUCAGAAUAAAGUCUCUUCUUUGACGAGGA